UUUCACUUCAAACAAACGAAACGUGCGGCCGUCCAACGCUCCGAACGCGUCCAUUGCCAGCUGAUUCUGUCGUACAGCGGACGGACGCGGCUAAAAUCAAAUUUUGAACUGUCAAUAACUUUUGUAUUUUUAUCUAUUCAUGUUAUAAAACCAGUGAUAUUGUGUGAUAAGUUAUGAAAUGAAUUGUUUAUAAUAAAAAAUAUUUAAGAUUUUAAUAUAAAAAAAUAUUAUAAUUGAUAACGAAAAAAGAAAACUAUGAAAAUGGCUUAUAAAUACAUUAUAUCAUUAUUGGUUUUGUACUUUGCUGUAUUCUGCCACAAUGGUGAAGCCGCUGAAAAUGAUAAUUCACUCACAACACCGGAGUACAUCCUACCAUGCAGUCGGAGUGAUCCGCAAUUGGAUUCUUGUAUCAAGAACUCUUUCAAUCAUUUGCGACCAUACCUCGCCAGAGGCUUACCCGACAUCGGCGUUCCAGCAGUGGAGCCUCUGAAAAUAGAUCGACUGGUCAUGGAAAAUGAUGCUGGACCAGUGCGAGUUACAGCGGCAUUUACCAACAUCACCGUGAGAGGGCCCAGUAACUACACUAUCUCUAAGAUUAGGUCAGACCUAAAGAAGUUACGUAUAGAUAUGGGAUUAUUAUUGCCUCGCAUCGAGAUCACAGGCCGCUACGAAGUCUCUGGGCAGGUGCUAUUGUUUCCAGUCCGUUCACAAGGAGACUUCUGGGCUGCGUUCAUCGACGUGGCUGCGAUCGGCAGAAUAUUUGGCAAAGAAGUUGAGAGGGAAGGAGUCAAGUACAUGAUGGCUGAUAGAUUGCUGGUAGACUUCAAAUUGAGAAACUCCAGGUUUAAAGUCAGGGACACUGUUAACUUUGGAAGUGUCAUUGGUGAAGCAAUGAACCAAUUUUUAAAUAACAAUGCAGCAGAAAUCAUUGAUGAGAUGAGACCAGCAGCUUGCGUGUCCAUAGCAAAACAUUUCCAAGCGUUCCUGAAUGCUGCUUUCUCUAAAAUACCCAUCGAUGUUUGGCUCAAGCCUUAGAGUUCUAGGUACAUUAAAAAUUGUGAAAAUUCGGUAGUAUUUACUAUUUAAAAGAAUUAAUUUUGCAGCAUCAACAUUAAUUUAACCUUCAUUACUUAGGACUUUGAGAAAGUGCAUUAAUAUGUAUCGAACUUGAUGUCACGUAGGUAAUUGAUACAAAAGGUGGUUGUCGGUGUGGUGGUAAAGUGAGAAUAGAAUGCGUCUCUACUUCUUGUUGCCAGGUUGUCGUAAGAGGUGACUAAAGGAGCAAAGCACAAUAGACCAGUGUAUGAAAAUGAAAACUAACCAAUCACAAGCAAUCAAUUCAGUGUUGUAUUUGAAGAAAUCAUUCCAAAUUAAGGAAGCAUUAAUUAGUUUGGGAGGGCAAUUAUUAAUUAUAAUUUUGAUGGUAAUUAUUGAAAAAUUUCAUUUUACACUUUGUCCCUCUUCAAACAUUACCAAAGCCUAACUGUGGUUGUCAAUCCACCGGCCAAGUGUGGCAAUUACUGGUGAAACCUUUUGGGAAGGCCUAUGUUCAGCAGUGGACAGUGGACGGUUGAUAUGAAUGAAUAAAGGAAUUGAAAAAUAUCAGACAAGAAAAUACUUUUGUUAUCGUCAAAGUACGAGUAAAUCUCUUCGAUCAAAACGAAUGGGCCUUGAUAUCGUUAGAUAACUAUAACGAUGAACAAAAAAUUUAUCUAAUUGCUUGGUAUCUUCAUUGGAUAGAGUUUAAUUUAUUGUGCACUAUUUUAAGCAACGUAACAGUUCUUCAAUUUUAGAAGACUACUAAGAUGUAUGUGUGUUUUAGGCUUACGAUAAAAUAUACUGACGGUGAUUGUCAAUUGAUGUCCAACAGAUUUCACUAACAAGAGUUAAAAUUUUAUCCUAAUACUUAAGAUAUUCAUAAAUAACUUAAAUACAAAAAGUUUUAAAAAGUAUUUUAGUAAUUUGUUAGAACUAUUUGUCAGAUAGUAUUGUUUGUAAUGAGUAUUCAAGCAUUAUAAUGCUUACUUUAUUAAAGAUUGUUAUAAAUUGCAAUCUUUGUUCGGUCUUCUAUCCGAAAUUCUUUAGUAUUCCUUACUAACAAGUACUUUACAUUAUGCAAAAGACAAAAAGUCCAUCACGAUCUUUGAUCCUAAAUCUACGAUUGUCUUAAUUCAUAUCUCCUAUGGUAAUGGUCCUUGUCUGAAGUUUUUAAUAAAAAAUGUGAUAACUGCGCUUUUUGGAGAAGCGAAUACUCAAAAUAACAAAUGAAUAAAUUUUAGUACCCAUGUCGAAAGUUCAGUAGUAAAAAAAGCAUAAUUCGUUCUGAUAAUGACUAAUUAGAUGCUAAAUAAUUUCUCAUCUUGUUCGUUACCUCCAAACCUCCACCUCCAAAUAUAAAAAUAUCUAAAAUUAAAUAUACUUCAAAGACUGACGAAAUAGCUCUUCUAGGUAUAGUGAUGUACUAAAAUGAAAAAUUAUUCAACAACUCCAAUCGCUAACCUAUCGAAGAUACCUAUUAAUUCUGUAGAAUUAUUAUUAUAUAAUAAAUAAAACCACAGUCUAUAUUAUAAAAGUACCCAACGAAGUGUCUUAAAAACAAUAAAUGGGGAAGCAGUAUUUUAGACGUACUCGUAUUGUGAACUUUUGUUUGCUGUUUGUAAUAAUUUGUUUAAAGCAAUUUACUAAUGAAGAACUAAAUUAAAGUUAGCUAAUUACACAACUCUGAGCAAAAAGUUUACAAUAUUUGAGUUAUUGGUAUAAUGCACAGUUAUAGUUGUUUUGAAUAUUCUUGUGACUUUUUCAGAUAAUUCAGGAAAAUAUUGAAAUGAAUCUAUAUAAUGCGUCUGUAUUUUACUAUGAUUUUUAAGCUUUAUUUAUUUAACUACCAAAAUUAGGGAUCGAAAUAGUUGAUAAGUGAAUACUAUUAUGUUUAAUAAUAAGAUUAUAAUAAGGACAAUUGUGAUUAUUAAAUAUAGUUUUGUAAGAAAACCAGUAAGGUUUAUAUUGGUAAAAUAAAAAUAUUCCAAAUACAAAGGUCUUUUUAUUAUUGUUAAUGAUGUGCGUUUGCGUUUUGAUGAUGAACGGAUGAUGAAGAUGAUGAUGAUGAAUAAAUACACCUAGUAUUUGAAGCGGUUUAACUAGGGUAAAUAAAAAAAAAUUUGAAGCGUUGAUGUAAUAUAAAUUUGAUGUAAUGCGCUGUAGGUUGUUUUGCAAGUAAGUUACAAUUUGAAACCUGAAAGAUCAUGUAAAUUUCUCCUGCGUUAUGAUUGGCGUUCUCGCGAUGUCGUGAUGAGCGACUCUUGUGACUGGUUGAUGUUGUGUGUGAUUAAUAACUUAGCAGUCGUCCAUUGGCUUUACCGCUGAAACCGCUUUAUUAUACGCAGGAGUGAAUAAUAUUCAUGGCAUAUUGUUAAUGCUUUGACAGUUAUACUUAUAAUAGAUAAAACUUUCUGUAAUCUGAUAGUUUUACUCUAGUGGAUACUUACUCCUUUUUUAAAUUAAAAUCCACCUGUUAAAAUACAUUAUAAGUUUAUUUGAUUUAUUUCUUGGGUUUUUAUUAUACCUAUUUUUUUAUAAUACGAGUAAUAACUAUUAAAAUCUG